AUGUCCACCGAAGACGCCCGCUAUCGCACUUCUACCCAAUAUCGUCACUGGUCCUAUACAUCCUCUGCACUUCGCUCCUUGCGCGAAAGCACAAAUGCCCUAGCCAUAACACAAGUUCGAGAUGCCGUUCGACGCGCCCGAGAAGCCCGCGCUGCUUCCUCAAAUGAUAGCAGUGAAGCUGAGCAAAGCAGGUCGGCUAGUACUGCCUUGCCAGAGGGAGAGAUUGAUUGUUUGACGGUGGAUGAGGAAUUAAAGUUGAUGGACUAUUAUUGUAGGCAGACACUACAAUUGGGGGAUCAUUUGGGUGUACCGAUUGAGGUCAAGGCCACAGCAGUCCAAUACAUCCGCCGGUUCUACACAAGUCACAGUCUAAUGACAUACUCCCCCACCACCAUCCUAAAAACCGCCCUCUUCUUCUCCACCAAAACCGAAAAUCACUAUUUCCGCAUCACCCGCUUCGCCAGCGACAUCGGGAAAACCACCACGGAAGAAAUCCUCUCCUCUGAAUUUCUGCUUACCCAAGGAAUCCGCUUUACAUUCGAUGUGCGACAUCCCUACCGAGCCCUCGAAGGAGCUAUCAUGGAACUUCUCUCCAUCGCCACCCACAAGAUCCCCGUUCCCGCCGAGCUCGAAUCCCAACGACCGACUAACAUGCAUAAAUUAGUAUUAGCAAGUCAUGCAAACGCCAGACGAUAUCUCAAAACAAGCGCUCUACUAUGCGAUUCCUAUUUCCACUACACGCCCUCACAAAUCAUGUUCGCUUCCCUUUAUCUCGCUUCCGGGCCCCUAACAACAUUCUACCUCGCUCUUAAAUCCUACAACCCCUCGAAUCCAGAUACAAACACCGCAGCCCCAACCCACCAAAAACUCCUCAAUCUCAUCAAAACCCUUGCUCAAAUCCUCUCCGCAAUUCCCGAAGAACAAACUCCUCUACAGCGCCAAGAAAUUCAGGCACUCGUCAAGAAAUUAAAGAAAUGUAGAAACCCCGAGAAAGCAGAUCUAGUCGGGUUACAAAGAAUGAAGCGAGAGGGGGUGGAGGGCAAAGAUGGGGGACAGGAAGAUGAGAAAAUCAUCAAGAAGAGGAAGAUGGAGCGGGAGCAGAGGGUAAAGGAGGAGCAGGAUCUAUUUGGAGGGAGUCUGAGAUGA